UCCUAUUUGAAAGCAUACUUCUUUGUCACUCUGUAAAUCAGAAGAGAAAAAGCUUCAGUCUUGCUUUAGACAGUUAUGUUAUAGUUAUGGAUCAAGUCUCAUCAUCUCAGGUUUCCUGCGGGCUUUCAACACUCUCAACGUCCAACUCUCCUAGAUUCACACGCUCUAAAUAUAGCUGCCUUAAAGUCAGACCGGACUGCAGGGGAGACUUAACGCUACUGCUAAGAAACACGGCAACCCCAGUUUUUUUAGUAAACAUUUUCUGUGAUGUGAGGCUUUCAGUCAUUUUUGGCCCAUGUGAAAUAUAAGACUGGACUGGACAACUGCUAAUUGUGACUGUUGAAUUCAUGGACUGACAGCCUGGAUAAAAGGAAUGACUCUCAUGUGGAAAAUGGAAGCAAUCAGGAGUCAGGUGGCAUUAUUUCAGUAAUGCCAUCGUAAUCGCCGCAGAUAUCUCUCAGGAACAAAACAACACAGGUUUAUGUCAAGAAAAGUUCAAUAUUUUGUUAAAUGGCUCGUUCAAAAGUUGCUCCAGCAGAAAUGAUUUGCCAGUUGCCUGUUUUAGUAGUCUUCAGUCUUUUCGUGUUUCAGUGUCACGGCGGCUGUGCGGAGGUGGACUCCCUCACUGAGGCUGUGGCAGGGGAAGGAUUUCUACUGGGCUGCAUCUCCUGUAAAAGAAGAGAGGAGGUCUCUGCCCGGGCCACUGUAGACUGGCACUUCAAACCGCCAGGAGAGGAGGAGUUCAGACAUAUCUUCCACUAUGACCACCCCAGUGCCGACAUCCUCCACGAUGAUUUCAGUGACCGUCUGAACUGGCAUGGGACACAAAAUAGUGAUAUUCAGAUAGGAGCCGUUUACAUUAACAACGUCACCUUCAAUGACACGGGAACGUACCGUUGCACCAUCCACCGCACACUCUUCCUGCCACUGUAUAAUCAGGAUGUCAUUGUGGAGAAGGUGGUGGAGCUCAGUGUAGUGGCAGAAGCCAAUCGGGAGCUGACAUCGGUGAUCUCAGAGAUCAUGAUGUAUGUGCUGAUUGUGGUUCUGCAGCUGUGGCUCAUUGUGAUUCUGGCCUACUGUUAUAAGAAGAUUUCAGCUGAGCAUGAGGCUCGGGAGGCCCGCAAAGCUCUCAGGGCUCAAGCAGAACUGUUAGAAUUAAAGGACAUCUGUGACGGGGUGCAGCUGGAGGUGGCAUACGUUAUUAAAGAUAAAAAAAGAUCAUCUCUGCAAGAGUCAAGCUCCGUUACUGCGCCAUGAAAUUGCUGGAAUAAUUUUACAAAAUUACAAGAGGCUGAGUUUGAAUGUCUUGGUCACACAGUUUGAUAUGUACAUUUUAUGAUUAACUGUGAAAGAAAGAAGCUGAUGGUACAGAUGGCAGUACAGAGGGUGGGACGGAUUUCCUUUACACAUCAGUGAAACGGGGUAUCUAAGGUGUCCCAUAGGAGUAAUAAAUGCUUGAAAGUUUGUGGAUUUGAAAAAAAGUUGUUUUAUUUUUGUUUUGUUUUUUAAAGAUUUUUGUAAACAAAUGGCCUUCAAAGUCAGGAAUGGAUGAUUAUUUUCCUUUUUAUCAAUCAAUCAAUUAUCUUAUCAGUUGUUUAUAAAAGUUGUCUAUAAAAUAUCAAAAAAUUACCACAGCCCUAAAUAAUGCUUUUAAACUGUGUAUUGUGUUUGGAAAAAGUCCAAAAAACACAACAGAAAACAAUGAGGCAUGCAGAAAAGAAAGCAAAAUGUUUUCAUGAAGAUACUGAAGGACUUAAAUGUUUAACUGAAAAUAAAAAUUUCUGUCACUCAUCUAGUCAGUAAAUUAACAUUUUUUAAACAGUGACAUUGGAAAGUUAUGUUGAUAUAGCAGCAGUUUUAAAAUAAAUGGUCUCAGGUAAACUGGUGACCCACCGGGCUGAGGUGUGUAACAUGUACCACCAAAAAUCCAUCUUGCCAUGAUUUGAAGGUUACAAGUGACAAAUGAGGCGUCUGGGUGUUAUGCCAAAUGUCAUGAUUUGCAUGAAAUCAUGCCAAAUUAGAGUUCUUCAGUUUCAUUAAUAUGAGCUCCAAAGUAUUUGAGAAAUCUUAUUGUCUUGAGAUUUUGCAUGAAAGCGAGUGUGGCAACCCUGAUAUCAUGGCAUUGCGCAUCAGCAUCUAAUGCAGCUGCUCACUCACAACCAGCUUCAGGGUUUUUAGGCUUAAGCAAGAUGUCUUUACUUACCAGUUUCAACUGGUAAAUCUGAACAUGUACAGUAUGUUUGUCCCAGUCCACACAUCUGUCCAAGUUUAAACUUGAAUAAAGUAAAUGUUUUAGAUCAUUGUUGUCCACUGCCAUUGGCCUGCUGUGUUGGCAAACACUUCUUAGUUUGUUUGUUUGUUGUUUUUUUUUGUUUUGUUUUUUUUUUUACAUACAAUUAAUGUAUUUUAAAUAUGCUGUAUAUACUUUAUUAACAGACAGCCCAAUUGAAGAAUUGCUUAAGAGAUCAUCAUCUUGCAGGGGCAUUGCUCCAUAGAUCCUUUACUUACUGCAGGAACCACUGUGCAACCCUUUGAGGUCAAAACACAUUGGACAACAGACCUGGCUAUGGACAUACCUCUUGAUGAUUGGAAACCAUGUUUGGGUAACAUUAAUGCAAUGUAUAAAGAAAUGGGCAACAAGUUUAUCCUACUGAAAAUAAUACACAGCCAGAGACACUGAGGGGAAAGCUUGCAGAAUCAGCUACAACGGCUCAGCCGGCUGGUUAUGAGAGGGUCACUUAUCUAUAUCACAUACUCUAUAUUGAGCAAAUGUGAUCAAUAUGUUCACACGGGGCCUUUUCAUCACCUGGCUAUCUGUAAAUUGGAGGUCAAUUUAGUAAUCCAGUGCUAUGCUUAACCCUGGAGAAGAUUAUGUGUGUGUGUGUGCUCAUGUUUUUCUAUCUCUUUUGUACAUGUAUGUACAUGGAGUGUUAAUAUCUGUAUAUUUAUCUGUUGAGUGUUUGUCUCUGUUUUCUUGUUCAAACUUUCAAUAAA